UCCACAUUGAAACUGAAUUGAGAAAGAAAAGUGGAAUCGAGAGCAAAAGAGGAGAAGAGGACAUGGAUGAAGAAGAAGGUGGAGGAAUCAGGUUAAGCAAGCGAUUCUCCGACAAAGGAGGGGAGGUUGAUUACAAAACGACAUCCGGAACCGCCUGGUCUCAUUCUUACCUCAAUCAGAAGCCAUGGCACCCUCUUUCCUAUCCCAAUCAACGCCGUAAAUGGAUUGCCGAGCAGACCCACGCCCAGCGGGAACGCCGUGCUGAAGAAGUCGCCCGCGAGUAUGCUCAGGAGCAGGAAUUUUUCCGUCAGACCGCUCUUGUCUCUAAGAAGGAGAAAGAAAAGGUAGCAUUUGCUCCUUGUUUAUUAACACAACAGCUAAUCCCAUUAUUGUUUUAUCUGGUGAUUAACUAAGAACCCAAAAUCAUGGAUAAACUAGUGGUACUGGGAUUUGUUUCUGUUUCAGGAAUGAUGGUCAACUUCUCACCUUUCUAUCACCCUUCCAAAUACAUUCUUGUUUUCUUGCUUUUUAUUAAAAUGAAAGAGAGCAACUUGAAGCUAAGUCCAUGCUUCUGAUAAUCAAGUACAUUUGUAAACUUUUGAAUGAAUACUAUAAUAAUCAAAUGGUGAAGUAAAUUAUAUUAUUUGACUUGUAGAUGGAGAUGAUGAGAGCUGUCAGCUUUAUGUAUGUUAGACCGCCUGGUUACAAUGCAGAGAGUGCUAAGGCUGCAGACUUGGCUGAUGAGAAAAAGAACCAAGAGCAUGAGCAAGAAAGUAGUUCUCAUGGGCAAUCUGAAACGGGGCCUUCCGUGGCAAGGGGGGAGGAGAAGAAAAAGCCUAGACCGAAAGAUGUCUUUGGUCGUGCAGUCCCGACAGAAGAACAAUUUGAGGUUCUCAAGAAUGCUCCAAGGCUAGAGACAGGUGUUGCUGCCAGAUCGAAACCAUUUGGAGUGGAGAUACGCAAUGUUAAAUGUUUGAGAUGUGGAAACUACGGUCACCAAAGUGGUGAUCGUGAAUGUCCAUUGAAAGACGUUAUAAUGCCUUCUGAAGAAAGUCGGUUAAAAAGGGAUGAUCCUUUAACAGUUAUCCUGGCUCAGACAGAUCUUAACGAGCCUCUGAAGUGGGAGCUGAAACAGAAACCUGGUCUGACUCCUCCCCGUGGUGGGUUCAAACCUGAUGACCCGAACCAACAGAUAGUUGCUGAAGACAUAUUCGACGAGUAUGGAGGUUUCCUUGGUGAGAACGACAUUUCUGAAAUGCUGGCAAAUAUUCAUUCAAGUGAAUCAAAUAAGCUUUGCAGAAAGAGGAAGCAUAGAAGGAAGUUGUCACCCUCUAGUAGAAACAAACAUGAUGAUCCAGAAAAUGGUUCAUCUUCCAGCGAUGAUAGUGGUCGGAGGUUGAAGACUAGAAGAGAGAAGAAGUUCAGAAAGAAGCUUCCACACUCAAGGUCAGAAGAAAACUCAGACUCUGACAUGCAACACGAUGCACUAGAGGAUAAGCCAUUAGCUAGUGGGGAUAUGGGUAAUAGAUUGAAAAAGAAGAGACGCAGUAAGAAGUUAUCAAGGCAAUCAGAGGCAAGUUUGCAUGAAGCUGACAUUCGAUAUGAGCAUCGAGAUGAUAGAUCAUCAUCAUCUAGUGAUGAUAGGGAGAAGAGAUAUUCAAAGAAGACAAGGCAUAAAGAGAAAUCCAGAAAGCGCUCGUACUCUAGCCAAUCUGAUUACUCCGACUCGGAUAGGCAUCGAAAAAAAUCAACUGGUGAUGAUAAGGAGAGGAAAUCAUCAUCAAACAAGGAAAGACAUAAAAGAAAACCGAAGAAAUAUUCUUACUCAAGCACGUCAGAGUCAGACUACUCUGACCAUGAUAGGCACCGGAAGAGGAGCAUUAAGCACAAGCAUUCUGGUCGGACUACAUCUGACAAUUCUGAUUCUGAGGGUCAUAACAGAAAAAAGAACAGUAAUCGUCGUCGUCACUGACACGGAAAUGUACGGAUGUCUUGUAUUGAAAAUAUGCAUGGGCUACAUUUCUCCACUGUUUGAAGUUAUAAAUUAUAUUCCCUCCGGUCCUUAUUAUAAGACAUUUUGAUUUCGUCUGAUGUUUCAUCUAAAAUAUCUUUUUAAUUGAAAAAAAAAUCUUAAAAACAUAUUUUCACGUUCUUUGUAUCUUAUUCUUUAUUAUGAAAUGUUUUUAAGUUUUUUUUUUCAUUUAAAAACACAUCCUAAGUAAACCUUAUGACGAAAUUAAAAUGCCUUGUAAUAAGGACCGGAGGGAGUAAUAGAAUACUUCGUAAUUCAUAUCCUGUAAUCCUUGGCUUGUGGAGGUCCCGAAAUUGGAAAACAUUGUAUCCAAUAGAUUUCGCUAACCAUUGUUGGAUGCAGCAAAGCUGUAUACUGCAUUUUUAUGCUAGUUUUGAUCAUUGGUUCCUCAUUUUUUCCAAUGUUGUAAAAUUUACCAAUGUUGUUCUCUUGGCUUUCAAAAUUUGGUUUCAUCUGGGAGAUUAAAAAGUUUCUGGUUUUAAGGAAACUUAUUUUUGUUCGAUAACUAUCUAUUUUUCUUUUUUUAAGGAAAUAAAUCGAAACUACUAAAACCUACGAGCU